AUGAAUUACAAAUCGAUUGUUUUUCGUGAAUUUACACAAGAAUCACUUCAACGUAUUAAACAGUAUCGACAAGAAGAAGCUGAACAAAUUGCUUCUGAACGAUUACAACAACAAACAAUAUAUGAAGAUGAUAUUAAUGAGAAGCCUCAUUUAAAUAAAUCAUCAAAAGAUGAACCAAUCGAACCUAAUCGAGUUCCUAACAAAGAAUUGGCUGUUGGACAAACAUUACCACGUGUUUUACAACAUAGAUUUCCACCUGAACUUAUUGGAAAACCAAUUGAAGAAAUCGAUUCAUAUUAUCGUACCGAAUAUGUAUUUGUUGUUGUUGAUCGGAGUCAUACCAUAUUUCGAUUUAGUGCAACACGAGCUUGUUUUAUAUUUUCUCCAUUUAAUUGUUUUCGACGCUUAGCUAUACGUAUAUUAACACAUACACUUUUUAGUACAGUCGUUAUGCUUACAAUUUUAGCAAAUUGUAUAUUUAUGACACUUAGAAAUGCACCAGAAGUGACUGAGUAUAUUUUUACAAUAAUUUAUACAUUUGAAGCAUUAACAAAAUGUAUUGCACGAGGAUUUAUUCUACAAAAAUAUACAUUUUUACGUGAUCCAUGGAAUUGGUUAGAUUUUAUUGUAAUUACAUUUGCAUAUAUAACAUUUUUUAUUAAUCUGGGAAAAGUUGCAGUAUUACGAACAUUUCGUGUAUUACGAGCAUUAAAAACUGUUGCAGUUAUACCUGGUUUAAAAAUAAUUGUUAAUGCUUUAAUACAAUCUUUUAUUGCUCUACGAGAUGUAGCUGUUUUAUCAAGUUUUAUUCUUUCUAUAUUUGCUUUGAUAGGAUUACAACUUUACAUGGGAAUUCUUCGACAAAAAUGUGUACUAACAUAUAAAUCAUUUCUCAAUAAUUCCAAAUCUGCCAAUAUUGGAUUUAAUAUGUCAUAUGAAUCCUAUUUAAAAGCAUUGAAUAAUGAAUCUAAUUGGUAUCAACAAGAUGAUCUUUAUGUUCUUUGUGGUAAUUCAAGUGGAAGUACAAAAUGUCCUGAUGGUUAUGUUUGUUGGAAAGAUCGAGGCAUUAGUCCUGAUUUUGGAUAUACAAGUUUUGACAAUUAUGGUUGGGCUAUGCUUGCAUGUUUCCGUUUGAUGACACAAGAUUAUUGGGAAAAUCUUUAUCAAAUAGUACUGUCAGCAGCUGGUCGUUAUCAUUUUUUUUAUUUUCUUGCUGUCAUAUUUUUUGGUUCAUUUUAUUUGAUUAAUUUAAUCUUAGCUAUUGUUUCGAUGUCUUAUUUCGAACAACAAAAACAAAUUGAAAUUGAAAAUAAAGAACUUGAAAGACGUAAAAUUGAAGAUGAACUUGAAAUACAAAAUGAAGAAGCACAAAAAGCAUUAGAAGCUCAAUCACAUUUACAUACUGAAAAUACGCCAUGUUAUUAUGAUGAUUUAGAUCGUCAAAUUUCUCAUUGUACUAUUUCAAUUGAAUAUAAACAAAAUGAAAAUACAAAUAAUUCAAAUAAUAUGCGAUUAUCUCAAACAAUAUCAUCAAUUCAUCAAUUUAAUAAGUCACAUUUCAGUUUAUCGAAUACACUAAUAAAUGAUGAUGCAGAAAUAAUGUUUAUUGAUGAUACAAGAUCAAAUUCACCAAAUGAAAGUCAAAAAAAUAGAAAAACAAAAAGCUCUUCGCAUAUAUGCGAACGAAAUCAAAAUUAUAAUGAUUCAAUUGUUACAGCUAUUAUUACUAUUUUUGUAUUGGAUGCAUUUUUUGAUUUAUUUAUUACAAUAUGUAUUAUAUUAAAUACAUUAUUCAUGGCACUUGAUCAUCAUGGUCAAAGUGAACUAAUGACACGAAUUUUAGUAACAGGCAAUUAUAUUUUUACAGCUAUAUUUACAGCUGAAUGUGUACUUAAAAUAAUUGCAUUAACACCAGCAAAAUAUUUAAGAAAUGGAUGGAAUGUAUUUGAUUUAGUAAUUGUUACAGUUAGUGUUAUUGAAUUAGGUCUUGCUGGUGUAAAAGGUUUAAGUGUUUUACGUUCAUUUCGAUUAUUACGUGUAUUUAAAUUGGCUAAAUCUUGGCAAACAUUGAAUCGUCUUAUGUCAAUUAUUGCUAAAUCAAUUGGAGCUUUAGGAAAUUUAACAUUAGUUCUUGUGAUUAUAAUAUUUAUUUUUGCUGUUAUGGGAAUGCAGUUAUUUGGUCAAAAAUAUUAUGACAAAUUUGGUAAAGAUAUACCAAGAUGGAAUUUUUUUGAUUUUUUUCAUGCAUUUAUGAUUGUUUUUCGUGUCUUAUGUGGUGAGUGGAUUGAGUCAAUGUGGGUAUGUCUUGAAUGUGCUGGAUGGCCUUGUGUUCCAUUUUUUCUACUUACGUUUGUUAUUGGUAAUCUUGUGAUACUAAAUUUAUUUCUGGCACUUUUACUUGCAUCAUUUGGUUCAAGUGUUUUAACUGAAAAAGAAGAUGAAGAAGAAAAUAAAAUUGCAGAAGCACUUGAUCGUAUACAACGAUUUAUUGAUUUCCUAAUUGCAUUUAUUUUACGUUUGUUUCAUCGAAAAAAACAAAUAUUAAAGGAUAUUAGUAUCGAAAAUAAUAUUAAUAAUAUUGUAACUGAUAAUCAAUUAUCAUCAACUACAAAAGAAUCAACUAAUAAUCUUACUUUACGAACAUUAUGUCAAUCAGAAGACUUGAAUACUUCCGUACUUUUAAAUAAUGAUUCAUUAAUAAAACAUGAUAAUAUUGAAAUACAACCAAUAAAUAAUAAUUCUAUAUCUUCUUCUGCAUGGCAAAUUCUUCAUAUACCACCAGAUUGUUUUCCUAAUAUAAUAUCAAAACAUUUUACUUGUUGUGGUAAAUGUAUUCCAAAAUCUAUUCAAGAACGAUGGACAUAUUUUCGUAGUUUAAUUCAUUAUAUUGUUGAACAUCAAUAUUUUGAAUAUCUUAUUAUUAGUAGUAUAUUAGCUAGUAGUACAGCUUUAGCUUUAGAAGAUGUUAAUACACGACAACAACCAAAAUUUUUAUUUAUUUUAGCUAUAUUUGAUAAAAUUUUUACAAUUAUUUUUACAAUUGAAUUAAUAUUAAAAUGGUUUGCUUAUGGUAUAACAAAUUAUUUUACAAAUGGUUGGAAUAAAUUAGAUUUUGUUAUUGUUGUUGUUAGUGUACUUGGAACUAUUCUUGAUUUACUUGGUAUAGCUGAUAUUCCAGCAUUUAAAUCAAUGAGAACAUUACGAGCUUUACGUCCAUUAAAAGCACUAUCAAGAUUUGAAGGAAUUCGAAUUGUUGUUAAUGCAUUAUUUGGUGCUAUACCAUCGAUAUUUAAUGUUUUACUUGUUUGUCUUGUAUUUUGGUUAAUAUUUUCAAUAAUGGGUGUACAAUUAUUUGGUGGAAAAUUUUAUAAAUGUGUUUAUGUUGGUACACAUGAUCGUGUUAAUAUAUCAGAAAAUAUUAAAAAUAAAAUUGAUUGUAUAAAUAGAAAUUUUACAUGGGAAAAUUCACGAAUUAAUUUUGAUAAUGUUCUUAUUGGUUAUUUAGCUUUAUUUCAAGUUGCAACUUUCAAAGGUUGGGUUGAAAUAAUGUCUGAUGCAACUGAUGCUAAAGACGUAGAUAUUCAACCUGAAUAUGAAACUAAUGUUUAUAUUCUUCUUUAUUUUGUUUUCUUCAUUAUAUUUGGUUCAUUUUUUACUCUCAAUUUAUUUAUUGGUGUUGUUAUUGAUAAUUUUAAUCAACAAAAACGAAUGUUAAGAGGCGAUGGUACCAUAGACAUGUUUAUGACAGAAGAUCAAAAAAAAUAUUAUAAUGCUAUGAAAAAAAUGGGGAGUAAAAAACCGACUAAAGCAUUACCAAGACCGAGAUUUGCUCUUGGACGAUUUCUUUUUGAUCUAACAACAAAUCAAAAAUUUGAUAUAUUUAUAAUGAUAUGUAUUUUUCUUAAUAUGGUUUGCAUGUGUCUUGAACAUCAUAAUCAAAGUCAUACUUAUGAUCUUGUUCUUGAUUAUAUUAAUACUUUAUUUGUUAUAAUAUUUGCUAUUGAAUGUAUUAUGAAAUUAAUUGCUUUAAAUUUUAAAUAUUUUACUAUGACAUGGAAUGUAUUUGAUUUUAUUAUUGUAAUUGCAUCUGUUCUUGGACAAGCAUUAGGAGAAAUUAUGGCACAAUUUGUGGUUAAUCCAACAUUAUUACGUGUUGUUCGUGUUGCACGUAUUGGUAGAAUCUUACGUCUUGUAAAAGGUGCAAAAGGUAUUCGAACAUUACUUUUUGCAUUAGCUGUUUCAAUGCCUGCUUUAUUUAAUAUUGGUCUUCUUCUUUUUCUUGUUAUGUUUAUUUAUUCAAUAUUUGGUAUGUCAUUUUUUGCUUAUGUAAGAAAAUCAGCUGGUAUAACAGAUUUAUUUAAUUUUGAAACAUUUCCUAAUUCAAUGAUUGUACUUUUUCCAAUGUGUACAACUGCUGGUUGGUCUGGUGUUUUUCAAGCAUUAACAAAUGAUCGACCACCAGAUUGUAAUCCAACUUUAAAUACACCAUCACAUAAAGGUGAUUGUGGUGAUACAGCUAUUGCAACACCAUUUCUUGUCAGUUAUGUUAUAAUUACUUCUCUUAUUGUGGUAAAUAUGUAUAUUGCAGUAAUAUUAGAAAAUUUUAAUCAAGCACAAGAAGAUGUACAACAAGGUUUAACCGAUGAUGACUAUGAUAUGUAUUAUGAAAAAUGGCAACGAUUUGAUCCAUCAGGUUCACAAUUCAUAAAUUAUGAUCAAUUAUCAGAUUUUGUUGAUGAUCUCGAACCACCAUUGCGUGUUUCGAAACCAAAUCAAUUAAUACUUGUUCGUAUGAAUUUACCAAUAUGUGAAUAUGAUCGUAUGCAUUGUGUUGAUAUACUUGAUGGUCUCACAAAACAUUUUCUUGGUACACUUGAUACAGAGAUAGCAAGUAAUGAAAUUGAUGCACCUAUUGACAUGAAAAAAGAUCGUCCUAAAGAUUAUCAUCCAAUAUCAACAACAAUACAACGACAACGUGAACUUUAUUUAAGUCGUUUAAUCUUAAGACGUUUUCGCAACAAUGUUAAACGACGUCGAAAUGAACAAAAGGGUCAAGAAUUAACAUUUGAAUAA